GCAGCGGCCGCCGCGGCUGGACCCGAGAGAGCAACCCCGACGAGGCUUGAGACCAGUCCUGGCGCCUGGCGCCUGCGGGAGCCAAGUCGGCCGGCAGCCCCGGGAGGAGAGCGAAAGGCAGCCGCCAACCCCAACCCCUCAGCGCUCAACUUUUUUCCCCCCUUUUUUUCCUCCCGCUGAGGCUGCGAAGGAGGGAAAGAAGGCUCGCCAGGGCAAAGGCGAGAGCUGCGGCAGGGGUCGCUCGCCACCAUGAGGCGGCUCGGGGCCGUCGGUCUCCGGUGGCCGCCGUUGUUGCUGCUGCUGCCGCUGCUGCUUCUGCGGUGGGAAGCCCCUCUCUACGUGCGAGGUGCAGCUAGCAGCAGCUCUGAAUGUUCCUGUGGCCGCAACCAUUUCACCUGUGCUGUUAGUGCUUUUGGCGAAUGCACUUGCAUCCCUGCCCAAUGGCAGUGUGAUGGCGACAACGACUGUGGGGACCAUAGUGAUGAAGAUGGUUGUAUGCUGCCUACUUGUUCAUCCCUGGAUUUUCACUGUGACAAUGGCAAAUGUAUCCGUCGAUCAUGGGUCUGUGAUGGAGACAAUGAUUGUGAGGAUGAUUCUGAUGAGCAGGACUGCCCUCCCCGGGAAUGUGAGGAAGAUGAGUUCUCCUGUCAGAAUGGAUACUGCAUACGCAGCCUAUGGCACUGCGAUGGUGACAACGACUGUGGAGACAACAGUGACGAGCAGUGUGAUAUGAGAAAGUGUUCAGACAAAGAGUUUCGCUGCACUGAUGGUAGCUGCAUAGCUGAGCACUGGUUCUGUGAUGGUGAUACUGACUGCAAGGAUGGGUCGGAUGAAGAGAACUGCCCAUCAGAUGUGCCAGCAGCAACAUGUAAUCUGGAGGAAUUCCAGUGUGCCUACGGGCGUUGUAUCCUGGACAUUUACCACUGUGAUGGAGAUGAUGACUGUGGGGACUGGUCUGAUGAAUCUGAUUGCUCCUCUCACCAGCCUUGCCGCUCUGGAGAGUUCAUGUGCAACAGUGGCUUGUGCAUUAAUGCUGGCUGGAGGUGUGAUGGUGAUUUUGAUUGCGAUGACCAGUCGGAUGAGAAAAACUGCACUACCUCUAUGUGCACAGCUGAUCAGUUCCGAUGUAAAUCUGGCCGCUGCGUUCGGCUGUCUUGGCGCUGUGAUGGGGAGGGAGACUGCUCUGAUUACAGUGAUGAGGAAGACUGUGAGGAUUCGGGAAUCCCACAAUGUUCCCCUGAUCAAUUUCUGUGUGGAAAUGGGCGCUGCAUUGGCCAACGGAAGCUAUGUAAUGGUGCCAACGAUUGUGGAGAUGGCAGUGAUGAAAGCCCUGCCCAAAACUGCCGUCCUCGAACUGGAGAGGAAAAUUGUAAUGUCAACAAUGGGGACUGUGCCCAGAAAUGCCAGAUGAUUCGCGGAAUAGUGCAGUGUACCUGCCAUACAGGUUACAGGCUUCUGGAGGAUGGUAGAUCGUGUCAGGAUGUGAACGAAUGUGCAGAGGAAGGUUAUUGCAGUCAGGGGUGCACCAACAGUGAGGGUGGUUUCCAGUGCUGGUGUGAACAAGGCUAUGAGCUUCGCCCAGACAAGCGCAGCUGUAAAGCCCUGGGGCCAGAACCUGUGCUGCUUUUUGCCAAUCGGAUUGAUAUCCGGCAGGUCUUACCCCACCGCUCGGAGUACACUUUGCUUCUAAACAACCUUGAAAAUGCUAUUGCACUGGAUUUCCACCAUAGCAAGGAAUUAGUAUUCUGGUCUGAUGUCACACUGGACCGCAUUAUGAGGGCCAAUUUGAAUGGUAGCAACGUGGAAGAAGUGGUGUCUACAGGAUUGGAGAGUCCAGGUGGGCUAGCCAUUGACUGGAUCCAUGACAAGUUAUACUGGACAGACUCUGGGACAUCUCGCAUUGAAGUGGCAAAUUUGGAUGGAAUGCAUCGGAAGGUGCUUCUUUGGAAGAAUCUAGAAAAACCUCGUGCAAUUGCUCUUCACCCUAUGGAAGGUACCAUCUACUGGACAGAUUGGGGAAACACUCCUCGCAUUGAAUACUCUAACAUGGAUGGCUCCAAUCGGCGCAUUAUUGCUGACACUCAUCUCUUUUGGCCAAAUGGGCUAACUAUUGACUAUGCAGGGCAUCGGAUGUACUGGGUAGAUGCCAAGCAUCAUGUUAUUGAGAGGGCUGAUUUGGAUGGAAAGAACAGGAAGGCUGUUAUUAGUCAAGGCCUUCCACAUCCAUUUGCUAUCACUGUAUUUGAAGAUAGCCUGUACUGGACAGAUUGGCAUACCAAGAGUAUAAACAGUGCCAACAAAUUUACUGGAAAAAAUCAAGAGAUCAUCCGUAACAAGCUUCAUUUCCCCAUGGAUAUCCAUACUUUGCAUCCUCAACGCCAACCAGCAGCAGGGAGAAAUCGCUGUGGAACCAAUAAUGGUGGCUGUACUCAUCUCUGUUUGCCAAAUAACAAGGGCUAUACCUGCGCAUGUCCCACAGGUUUUCGGAAGACUAGUGGCCAUACUUGUGCCCAGAGUCUUGACAAGUUCCUGCUUUUUGCCCGAAGGAUGGACAUCCGUCGUAUCAGCUUCGACACAGAAGACCUGUCUGAUGUUGUCAUCCCCUUGGCAGAUGUGCGCAGUGCUGUGGCUCUGGACUGGGAUGCACAGGGUGACUAUGUCUACUGGACAGAUGUUAGCACUGAUUCCAUUAGUCGGGCAAAAUGGAAUGGAACAGGCCAGGAGAUUGUGGUGGAGAGCAGUCUUGAAAGCCCAGCUGGUCUUGCUGUUGACUGGGUCACAAACAAGUUGUAUUGGACAGAUGCAGGAACAGACCGGAUAGAGGUCUCUAACAUAGAUGGAAACAUGAGGACUGUUCUAAUAUGGGAAAACCUAGACAGACCAAGAGAUAUUGUGGUAGACCCUGUUGGAAGGUUCAUGUACUGGACUGACUGGGGAGCUAACCCAAAGAUUGAGCGUGCGGGAAUGGAUGCCUCUGAUCGGUUGGUGAUCAUCUCUUCCAACCUGACCUGGCCCAAUGGACUGGCUAUUGACUAUGAGUCUCAGCGCCUAUACUGGGCAGAUGCUGGCAUGAAGACAAUUGAGUAUGCUGGCCUGGAUGGCUGUGAUAGAAAGAUAUUGAUUGGGAGCAAUUUGCCUCACCCAUUUGGACUCACUCUGUACGGCACUCGGAUCUUCUGGACAGACUGGCAGACGAAAAGCAUCCAGAGUGCUGACAAAAGGACAGGGCUGGAUCGUGACACUCUACAGGACAACCUAGAAAACCUUAUGGACAUCCAUGUUUUUCAUCGGCAGAGACCUGCAGUGCAUACACCAUGCCACAUUAAUAAUGGUGGAUGCAGUCAUCUUUGUCUCUUGGCUCCACUUCCUAAAGGCUACAGCUGUUCUUGCCCUACUGGCAUCAACCUACAAUCAGAUGGCAGAACAUGUUUAUCUGGAAUGACUACCUUCCUAAUCUUUGCAAGAAGGUCGGAUAUUCGUCUGGUUUCACUUGAUAUUCCAUAUUUUGCUGAUGUAGUUGUCUCAGUCAACGUCACUAUGAAAAACACCAUUGCCAUUGGAGUUGAUCCUGAAGAAGGAAAGGUUUAUUGGUCAGACAGCACACUGAGGAAGAUCAGCAGAGCUUCACUGGAUGGAUCCCAGUAUGAAGAUAUUAUUACUACAGGGUUGCAAACCACAGAUGGAUUAGCUGUGGAUGCUAUUGGCCGCAAAGUGUAUUGGACUGAUACGGGAACAAACAGAAUUGAAGUAGCUAACCUGGAUGGGACAAUGAGAAAAGUUUUGAUAUGGGAAAAUCUGGACAGCCCACGAGCAAUUGCAUUAUAUCAUGAAAUGGGGUAUAUGUAUUGGACAGACUGGGGUGAAAAUGCUAAACUGGAACGAGCAGGGAUGGAUGGCUCUAACCGCAUGGUGCUUAUUAGCAACAACCUGGGAUGGCCUAAUGGUCUGGCUGUGGAUAAAGCUGGAUCACAACUAUUUUGGGCUGAUGCACAUACUGAGCGUAUUGAGGCUUCAGAUCUGAAUGGUGCAAACCGCCACACCCUGCUCUCCCCAGUGCAGCACCCUUAUGGCCUAACUUUAUUAGAUUCUUACAUAUAUUGGACUGAUUGGCAAACAAGAAGCAUUCACCGAGCUGAUAAGAACACUGGUGCUAAUGUCAUCUUGGUGAGAACAAAUCUUCCAGGAUUAAUGGACAUCCAGGGCAUUGACAGAGGGAAACCUCUUGGUACUAACAAAUGUGGCAUGAAAAAUGGAGGUUGCUCCGAUCUCUGUCUUCCAAACCCUGAAGGCUUCUCAUGUGCUUGCCCUACUGGAAUUCAACUGAAGAUUGAUGAAAGAUCUUGUGAUCCUUCUCCUGAAACCUACCUGCUCUUCUCUAGCCGGGGCUCCAUCAGGAGAAUCUCACUAGAUACUAGUGAUCACAUUGAUGUUUAUGUCCCUGUCCCAGAGCUGAACAAUGUUAUCUCCUUGGAUUAUGACAGUGUAGAUGGCAAGGUUUACUACACAGAUGUCAUAUUAGACGUCAUCAGGCGAGCAGAUCUAGAUGGCAGUAAUAUGGAAACUAUUAUUGGCCAAGGACUAAAGAGAACAGAUGGUUUGUCUGUGGACUGGGUAGCUCGAAAUCUAUAUUGGACAGACACUGGCCGCAACACAAUUGAAGUUGCAAGACUGGAUGGCAGCUGCAGGAAAGUGCUGAUAAAUAACAGUCUGGAUGAACCACGGGCAAUUGCUGUCUUUCCUAGAAAAGGAUAUCUCUUCUGGACUGACUGGGGACAUAUUGCUAAAAUUGAGCGGGCAAACCUGGAUGGUUCUGAACGAAAGAUAUUGAUCAAUACUGAUUUAGGCUGGCCCAAUGGACUGACUUUGGAUUAUGACAUCAGAAGGAUUUAUUGGGUAGAUGCUCAUCUAGACCGCAUAGAAAGUGCUGAUCUUAAUGGGAAAUUGCGCCAAGUGUUGAUCAGUCAAGUGUCACAUCCCUUUGCCUUGACACAGCAGGAUAGGUGGCUGUAUUGGACAGACUGGCAAACGAAAUCUAUUCAGCGUGUGGACAAAUACUCUGGUCGUAAUAAGGAGACUGUGUUAGCCAAUGUAGAAGGACUUAUGGAUAUUAUUGUGGUUUCUCCUCAAAGGCAAACAGGCACAAACAUUUGUGGAGUGAAUAAUGGAGGCUGUACCCAUCUCUGCUUUGCCAGGGCUUCUGACUUUGUUUGUGCAUGUCCCGAUGAACCAGAUGGACGGCCUUGUUUUAAUGUUCCUACCAUGGGGCCUCCAAAUCCUGAGACAACUCAUGUAAGCAAAAGGAGCCAGACUUCUACUGACAGAUUUAAAAUUCCAACAACCAAGCCCCAUAUUUCUGUGGAAACAAUAGAAGGAAACUGCUCUGACAAGAAAGUUGGUCAAGGUUUGUGCAACCGAGCAAAUGAAGCAAUAUUGGCAACUGCAGGAGAAGGGCUACAUGUCAGUUACAUCACUGGAGGUCUUCUCAGCAUACUGAGUAUUCUGCUGCUGAUUGGUGCUGUGAUUAUAUACAGGCAUAAGAAAUCCAAAUUCACAGAUCCUAAUCUAAGUAAUCUGACCUACAGUAAUCCCUCUUAUCGGACAUCUACCCAAGAAGUGAAGAUUGAAACAAUUCCCAAGCCAGCCAUAUAUAAUCAGCUCUGCUUUAAAAAAGAGACUGGUCCUGAUCAUAGUUACACCAAGGAUAAGAUCAAGAUUGUUGAAGGAAUAUGCCUCUUAUCCAAUGAUGAAUCUGAAUGGGACGAUCUUAAACAGCUAAGAAGCUCUCGGGGAUGCAUCCUCCGCGACCAUGUAUGCAUGAAGACUGACACAGUCUCUAUCCAAGCCAGCUCUGGCUCACUCGGUGACACUGAAACUGAGCAAUUGUUGAAAGAGGAGCAGUCAGAAUGCAGCAGCAUCACUGCAGCCACUACUCCUGAAUGUCAUGGCUCCCUUCCAGACACAGGCUGGAAGCACCAACGCAAACCCUCAACAGAAAGUGAAGUCUAAAGGAUAUGCAGAGACUUGUCUCUCCUACUGUCAUCUUUCAUAUUGAUGAAAUAGGAUCCUGCCUUCUAUUCAACGAAAAAGUUUGGAGUCCAGAGACUUCCUUUGCAGAAGCAUUUGAGCUGGACUGUGCCUUUGAGGCAGCUGGAACACAGCUAAGGGACCCUUUUCACUCACUGCUAGAUCAUGUUUAUUUAUACGUCCUUUCAUCCUAGAAGCUGUGGUGUUGAAUCUAGUAGCAGUUUCUUUUUCACUUGAAUCUGACACAGAUUUCAUCUGGGUUUGUGCAUAAGCUGGUCAAAGAUUCCAAAUCUUCAGUGGCCAGUUUUAUGAACUUAGCCAUAAUUGAUACCUGUUACCUUUUCUCAGAAGGUAUUGGCACUAACUGGAUUUUGCACUGUACUCCUUCUGUUUUAAGAGGAAAGGAUUAGGGCCAAUUGAACUGCCUGAAGUGAGCAAGGGAAUACAAGAACAGGUCACUUUCACAGGUUCUGUACAGGGAGAGCAAAUACAUCUGAAAGUUAAUUGCAAGGAACAAUAAAAUAUCACCACCAUUUUUGCAAACGGGGGAACCACUGCUGUGUCUAAUAUAGAAUGUGAGGAAUUUAAGAGGGUAAAGUCUGUUGCUGGCAACAGUCAUUGGUCCUGUGAUAUCCAUCAUAAUAUCCUUUUUAAAAUAUAGAUAGAACUUACAAUUCUGUUUCCGGGAUAGAUUGUUUUUUCUCCCAUUUUCACUGGGCUUCCAUUUAGUUUGGACCUGCAAGGGAAAUUCUGGUGCAAUGUUAUUUAAUCAUUCUUAUUACCUGGUUCCCAGGGCCAACUGCUGAAAAACUGUGCUGCUGAAAUAUGUGUGGAACACAAAAGCAGUGUAUUAGGUUUAAGUAUCUGGAACAAAAUGGUGUAGCAAAAAUCCAGUUCCAAUUUUCUUUUGAAAAAUAGGGGUCUUCUUCUAACUUAUUUUUUGCCAGUCUUUUCUCUUUAGAAAUCCUGGAAGGAAUAAUUUAGCUGCACCUUUUUUCUCAUAUUUGCUGUAUUAGUUGAGCAGACAAAAUGUGGUGUCAAAAAGUGGGUGUGUGCAAUUGAAAAAUAAUGUAUGUGGAUAGGAAAUAAUGCAAUUAAGGUGACAGAUGGCACACUACAAAUAAUUUGCUUAUAUAAAAAUCCUUCCUUUUUAACUAUAUCAAAACUGAUGCUAUUACUCAUUCUAUAACAAAAAGUCAAAAGCUGAGAAACUGCCAUUUCACAAUAUGCACUGUGGGUGAUGACUACACAACAACGAAUACUGUUUUGCACAUUGUCCAAACUUUAUUUGACAACACAGAAGUUCUACGGAAGUCCUAUCUAGAACUAUUAACCAUAUGAGGUAUUCUCUGGGAAAAUGUGAUUGUCUCAUUCUAGUCCUGCAGUGCUCCCCCAUGGUCAGUGAAAGAUGCAUGGACAAUGGUUGUGUACCUGUGACAUCAGUCUUGAUGAAGAGCACAAAUUUCCUGUGCCCAAACUAGUCAUCCAUCUGCUUUCUGCUUUGUGUAUUGUUCAAGCAGGAAGGCAGAAAAAAUUCAAAUGGACCUCUGCAAGAUUAUUUUUUACCUCUGUUAAAAUCAUCAUGUUGUAAUUUUAUUACAUCAUUUCUUCCACUGAAAGAAAUAUAGCUUUCUGUUCUUUUCCAAACAUAUACUGUUAUCAGCAAGUUGACUUAACAAUUUCUACACUCGAGCAUUGGAUAAAUUAUCUAGAAUAAUAAUACAUGUAGAAAAAUGUUUCCCUGAUCAUGUUCAAAGGGAUCCUUUCAGUACAGAGCUUGGUCAUAGCAGCCGUAUAAUGGCCGCAAGGAUGGCUGCUUUUGUGUAUGCAUUUAGCUGUUUUAAGUAAUAUAUCCUUCCAUUUUAUUUGCCAGUUCUAAGCAGCAAGAUCAGAUGAGAAUUUAUGAAAUCUAGUAUUUCUGGGGGGCAUGAAAUUGGGGAAAGUUGUUUAAUUGAACUGUCUUUUCAGUUUCAGGCUCUUAUCUGUUUAGAUUUGACUGUUUAUUGACCAUUGCUUUAGUGUAUGAUAAAUUAGUCUUUAAACUCUAAUGAUGGAGUUCCAUAGAUGGACAUGCAUUGCCUAUUUUAUGCUAUGUUUCCAUAACUGACUCUUCCUAUACUGAUACUUAAUAAGUGCUAUAUUCUCUGUACCUUCAUCUCUUUGAAUUCUGAACAUCAUAGGGGAAGAAGUGGAAACAUAGCCCUACCUAAAACAUUAUUUUCCAUAAGUAUCUAAGACUAUUCUCUUCAGAGAGAUCUUACUAAAAGUCAGAUAAGUAAAAAUUUACUUAAUUUUUAUGAGCACCUGAACCCUAGACUGUGGGAUUAAGUGGCUACUAGCACUUAAAUAUGGAUUAUUGUGUAGAACAGUUAACAUUGCUUCUAUUUUUGUAUUACAAUCUUUCUGAAAAAGAAAGUUGACUGAUUUAUGUAAACUUGUCAAAGGUCUCAAUGUACUGAACUGUUCUUUCCAGAUUUAUCACUCUAGAGGUAGACCUUGCUUAAUGACUGCCCGGUUUAGCAACCGUUUGAAGUUACAAUGGCAAAGUCAGAUUUUAGAAAAAAGUAACUUUAUGAUCAAUUCUUAAGCUUACAACCGUUGCAGCAGUUACUGUGAUCGUCAUUUGAGCGCUUCACAAACAGGCAUUUACAGCCAUCACACCAUCCCAUGGUCACAUGAUCACUAUUUGCACGCUUCACAAUCAGCUUCCAAUAAGCAGUCAAUGAAGAUAUAAGGUCACAAAUUGCAAUUGGUGGUAAUGUCUUCCCAUCGGGAUAAGUCUGUUCCCUUAAUGACCGCAUGGCUUAACAAUAGAGUUCCCUUAAUGACCGCAUGGCUCAACAAUAGUUGCCACUCCCAAUUGUGGUUACUAAGCAAGGAAUACCUGUAUCUGCUAUACAUCAGUUCAAUCUAGAUUUGAAAGUCUGUUUGGUGGCAUAAUAGGUAUACAUUGGAAUAUAAUAAGUACACCUUCCUUAUGCAUUUUUUUAAACAAAAUGUAUUAUGGUUAUUUUCUAAUUUCAUAAAGUAAAUCAUGAAACUUUUUCUAGGCCAACUGGCAUUUUAGUGAGACACAAAAAAUACCAUCUAAAGAGGAGUGGGUAGGUCAGAAAGAGCUAAAUUUGAUCUCAUUUAAUUGACCUGUGGUUACUAUUAGUCUCAAACUUUGUAUCUAAUAAUGUAAUUGUGACAGAAAUAAGUGUCUCACAUAUUUCUGAUAGCCAGCUAAGAGUCUAUUUUCAGUUUUCAAAUUUUCCCUUUCAGAAAUCUUCUAGCUCAGAAAUGUUCUUGAAUUAUUUUACAUAUACUGCACAUUUGAGAUCUUCCUACAGAUUUUCAAUUGUAUUAAAGACUGGGGAUUGUGAAGACUACAGGUGUCAAACUCGCCAUGUCACGUUGCUGUCAUGUGACAUUUCACGAUGUUUUUCCAUUCAUGGAGUUGUGUGGGUGUGGCCUGUGUGUGACACUCCUGGGAAGACCAUUCCAAAAUCUUUUAUAAAGAUGUUGGAAAGUACUAAUUAAAAGGGAAUCCAACUUUUGCACUCUGCCAUAUAUCUGUAGUACUCAUUUAGCGACUGCUUCAGUUAUAAAUGUGAUGAAAAUUUGUGACCAAUGCCUGCAUUUACCACCUUUGCAGCAUCUCCUCUCCCACUCUGCCACAUUUGCUAUUACAGUCAUUCAGCAUGGUACCAUAUUGUGGUUUGCCUGACCCAUUUUUUUCCUUUUGCCCCCUCAUAGAGCAGAGAUAUAGCUUCUUAGCUCUUCCCGAGCUGCUUUUGUCCAAGUCCCUAAAAAGUACUAACCACAACUUAACAAGCUCAGCACUGUGACUUUAAUUAGUUGAUUAGAACCUUCCAGCCAGCUGGUAGCUGCUGCUUGAAAAUGACAAGAUCUUAAUUAAUUUCUUGCUAAAGUCUUUUGUUUGGCUCUAAGAGGAUUCUGGCUCUCAGGAGGAGGUGCUUUUCUUUUUCUUUUUUUCAAGAGGCAACUGGAUUUUCUUGUUUUUCUUUGAAGAUGUUUUGUUUCUCAUCCAAGAAGCUUCUGCAUCUCUAGUCCAAUUGCCUCUUGAAAAAAGUACCUCUGAGACAGCCAUGACUUGGAUGAUUGAGAAUCUCCAUAGACAGGAAAAUCAAGGCAAACAGCUGGCUAGUCCAUUGCUUUCAAUAUGUGUUCCCCAGUGUGUGCCUGCCUACUCUCUAGUAAUCUCUCCUUUUUCAAUGAAUGGAAAUAUAAUAAUCAAUUCUCUUCUUGCUAAUUAUCUCAGCUUUGGGGUGAGUAUUCCAAAGGACAGAGGAAUGGGGGGAAAAGAAUACAAAGUUUGCCCUAUUUCCUAGCUUCCUUGUGAAUCAAGUUCCAGAAACAACCUCUGGUUUGGGCCCACCCAUUUGGGUAAUAAAUAAUUUAUUAAAUUUAUAUGCUGCCCGACUCCCAAUGACUCUGGGUAGCUUAAAACUGUACAUUUAAAAACGCAGAAUGGGGGGGGGGGGAACCACCUAUACAAAAGUAGCAUGACAGAAGAAAUUCAAUGGCGAAGAGAAUAAACCAAAAAGGGAACAGAAAUUUUAAAAUGGUCGUUCUCUCCAAAGGCUAAUAUAAAUAGGCAAGUCUUUAAGGCUCUUCGAAAUACCACAAGGUGGCAGCUGUUUAAAUCUCAGGGGGAACUUCAUUCCAGAGGCCAAGCACUGCUGUAGAGAAGGUCACACUUCCAAGGCACCAAUAGAUGACAUUGUUUAAUUGAUGGGACCCAGAGUACACCAAUCAUGCUAGAUCAAACAAGUGAGGCAGAUACUACGGAAGAUAUAUUCAUAUUUUUCUAAAGCAAAGUAAAGCUGAAAUAAAAUCCUAAACCCAGUCACAGCUGUGUGAUUUUUCUCAUAGGGAUCACUUCAGUUACUGGUCUCAAUUGUGAUUGCUUAAAUUAAAUAUUUGCACAUUGUUUUCUUACAAAAAAAAUAAUAAUUCAGACCUACUGAAUUUCAACUCUCAUACUCUCCUAGCAUCAGAUCCAAUGCAUCUGUAAAACACCGAGGAAGUAUAUCCAUUCCUUUGCCGUUUGCAGGUAUACAUUUAAAAAUAUAGAUGAAAAUUAGGAAGUUCAUGUGAUAUCUCCAUUGUCAGAUAAGCUGUGAUGAAAAAAUAGGUGCUGCAUUUUCAAAAGACAGCUGGCAAGGUACUUAAGCCAUGUAUUUUCAUACUCCUCUGCAAGGAUUCUCGUGUCCAAAUUUGUCUUACUUUUUGAAUCUUGGAUAUAGAUUGAAAUGUGGAAGCAGUGAGAAUAAUUUUAAGCCCAUAGGAACUGAUUUUCUGUAAAAUCUCCACUUAGCAAAUACAUUAAUAUUACAAGAGAAAUAAUGAAGGUUAAAGCCAUUAUUAGGUCUAAUUCAGCUUUUCUUAAUCUGAUAUCCUCCAGAGACGUUGAUACUGCAGUUCCCAGAAAUUCCAGCCUGCAUAUCCAAAGCUGGCAGUAAAUUUGGGGAGUUGCAGUAGCAUCAUUUUUCGAUGAUUUUCAUGAUUUCCAGUUGACCUUUUCCUCUUCUGAAAACUUUUUCAUUGAUAUUAUUUGACUUGAGAUAAUACCUCAUUUACAGCCAUAUUAUCUGCUUUGUCUAUAUAGUUUGGGGAAAACAUUUUCCAUUGAAUAAUCAGAAACAACAUGGAGAAGUUAUGUUAGCUAGCUAUAUUGUAUUUAUCUAUUCUUCUACAUGCAGAAGGGGGAAACUAGAUCUUAACGAUAUUUAUUUUUAGUUGGUUCCAAUCUUUGUAGCCAUUAAAACUUCUUUACACUUGAGGAAUGAGAAAAGCAAAUUGCAGUCAGGCAUGCAGCUUUGUAGCAGUAAAUAUAGUAAUAUUGAAUCCAUUUCAUUUGAUUAAAAAAAUUGUGAAAUAUGAAGCCAUUCUUCUGACAUAAAGAGGGAUGUGUGAUUCUGAGUAUAGGAAUUCAGUUAAAAGAAAAAGUUUCAUCAGAGAUCAGUAGUGUUUUCAUCCCAGCUAUAUGUACUAAAUUGCACUUGAAUCCUUUUUCAUAGAUAAAGGUGCUUUCUAUUGCACAUUCUAAUUGUAUACUUUACUUGCUUCUUCAAAAUCCUUUGCCCUUCUCUUCCAUUUUACCCAAAACAGUGUCAGCAAAGCAGAAAACUGAAGGAAUGGCACCAACUCUUCUAAUCUCACUUGUAAAACAAGCAAGGAUCAACUUCCCUUGUGCUAGCACGCUUUGACUGAACAUUACCUAAUUCAUGGUUCUUUGCUUGCAUGUUAAAAAAAAAAAAAGCAAGUCUCAUUGCACUGGGACUAUACAGAAUAUGGAAAGGCCAGGAGUGGGGAAUAAUUUUUGAGCACUCAUUUACUAUGUAAAAAGCAUUUUUUUCUCCCAUAUGUUCUGAACUAAUGAUAGUAACUUCCCUGCAUCCACUUGUAAUGAUUUUAAUGUUACCUGCUGAAAUGAUGCCAUUUUUAUAGUUACCGUAUUGCUAUAUUCAAUAUCUUAGGACACGGGUGUCAAACUAGAUCAGGUCAUUGGCCGAAUCAUGACGUAUCACAACAUUUUUUGCCUUUGCAGAGCUGGGGUGGGUGUGGCCUGCGCAUGACAUAUCCGGCCCGCGGGCCGCCAGUUUGACAGGCCUGUUUUAGGGAAUUAUGAUAAUUUAAUAUAACUCUUAGGUUUCUAAAAAAUCAAUUUGCUGUCCAUUUAAAUUGUGAAUUACACAUUAACCAAACCUGCCUCCUAAACAAAUAGACUUCACAAAGUCUCAACUUCUCUGAAGAUACAAGCAAUUUAGGAGUAAUGUGAAGCCAGGGAAAUGGAAAUUCAUUGGUGGAAUUAAUUUACACAUUUGGGAUUGAAUGUUAAAAGUUAUGAUUUUCUUAAUUCAGUGAGGUUGAUAUUGUCUAGAUUGUUUUAAAACAAAUGUAGCAUAAAGAUAUUUGCAUCUGUCAUGCUGAUAAUAUGCUAAUAAUGCAUUUUAAACAGUGUACACUCAUCUGUUUUCUACUCCCUAUUAACAAACCUGUGACCUGUGAAUGUUUUUACCUUAGAUCAGCAUGUCUUUAUUCUCAAUAUACUAUUUCCCAGAGCCAUGUCAUAAAAUGGAACCAAUUCAAAGUUUCCAAGUGUUUUCCUGUUUAUAUAAAUAAGAAGACUGAUUAAUCUAAAACAUGAACUGAUUUGUUAUAAAAGUCUAGAUGGUAAUGAAAAUAGGUACCUCAUUAUUGAACAUUCUCUUAAAUUCCUUUUCAGGAUUGUAAAUUAAUUUGUUUUCUUCCAAUUUUAAUCUUCCUUAUAGUACUACAGUAGCCCAAACUGAAACUUGCUAGCUUAAAAAUAAAGCUGAUACACAUGCUCCAUUCCUAUUAAAACAAGAUUGUUUAACUUUAAAAGUAUUAACUACUAAUAAAUAAAGAAAACAUGUAUUUUAUAUCAUAUAGGCAAAAGAAUAGUGGACGGAACCUAGAGUAGACAAAAUAAUAGCAUUGCUGUGGGAUGCAUCCUAGAGAACUUCAUGGAAAGCACAACAUCUGAAAUUACAGUUUGGUACGGUAGUGCCAUAGCCAUUUUUCUUGAUGAUCUAAGCUUGGACUCCAUGCCUUAGAAUAACAUAUUUUUCCUAUGGUUCUGACAAGUGAAUUUAAAGUAUCCACAAGAUUAAAAAUUUGUAUCAAUCUUGCACACUGCCCAAUCUAGCUAUUGUGAAUUGGCAGGAUUUCUUAAAUGGCUGAUUUGUCACUUCAAAAUCCUCCACAUGCAAAAUUGCAUAUUGAUAGCAUUAGAGCUCCGUAAUAUAAAACUAUUGCUAUGUUAUAUGCUUUCAACAAAUACAUGGAAUAAUAAACAAGCUAUCAUUCUAAAACCCCA